AUGGAUGCCAAAAAUGAAAUUGGUAAGGGUAGCUUUGCAACCGUUCACAAAGUUAAAGAUAAAAUUGGACAGGUCUAUGCGAUUAAGAAGAUUGAUCUAAAAGAACUGAAAGAAAAGGAACAAUCACGUUUAAAAAAGGAAGUUUCCAACCUUAAAACAGUAUGUUCGGAAUUUGUUGUCACUUAUUACGAGUCGUGGAAGGAUUCAGAAUAUUUCUACAUUAAAAUGGAACUAUGCUCGGAAAGCCUUCGAAAUAUAAUAGACAGGAAAGCCCAAGUAUUUGGCAGACACGUCGGUGAACCUAUCAACAAAUACGAGUACAUCAUGUCGUGCGAGAUAUUCCAUCAAAUCGUCGAAAGUGUGCAAUACUUACACGACUUGAAGCCGCAGAUCAUUCACAGAGACCUCAGACCCGAAAAUAUUCUAAUUGCUAGAAAUGUCGUGAAUAAGCGGUUCGUCAAGUUAUGCGACUUCGGUUUGGCUACAGUUCACGACAAAACUAUAAACUAUAGGUCCUCUCAGCGACACACCGGCGAAGUGGGAGAUUUUGAUUAUAUGGCGCCCGAAGUUAGCAGUGGUGCGAAAUAUGGCCAUAAAUGCGAUAUUUAUAGCUUGGCCUUGGUGGCGAGGGAAUUAAUUGACAUUGAUAUUUCUCAGGGGACCUAUAUCAAAAUUAAGGACCUUGAUGCAGUUGAUGCUUUCAUCUCCUGA